AUGGCUGCUUUAGAAAGUAGAUCAAGCGCUUCAGAUUGCAGACGUAUUUUGAUUGCUCUGUAUCGAUGUAGCGAUCCCGCUGCAUCGGCCCAUUCAGGACGCCGUUCUUACGUUCAUCGGAUGCAUCGUUUUUCUGCAUCGUCGAUGCUGUGCUUGAAACAAAAAGCUAUGACCACGAGUCGCAUUUAG